UGACUGUAACUUAACAGAAAAAAGCUGUUCAGCUCUUACUUCAGUUCUCAGAUCAGAUACCAAUCUAAAAGUGCUGAACAUGAGCAAUAAUAAUCUACAGGAUUCAGGAUUGAGAUUGCUCUGCUCUGGAAUGAAGGAUAUAAAGUGUGAAUUGGAAGUACUGAGGCUCAGUAAGUGUGAUCUAACAGAGGAAAGCUGUUCAGCUCUUGCUUCAGUUCUCAGUUCAGGCUUCAACAGUCUGAAGGAUCUUGACCUGAGCAAUAAUAAUCUACAGAAUUCUGGAGUGAAGCUGCUCUCUGAUGGACUGAAGGACAGUAACUGUACACUGGAGAAACUUGGUCUUUCAGACUGCAAUAUCAGUGAAGAAGGUUAUAAAGCUCUGGCUUCAGCUCUGAGAUCAAACCCUUCACACCUGAUAGAGCUGGAUCUCAGAGGAAAUGAUCCUGGACAAUCAGGAGUGAAGGAGCUCGCUGAGUUACUGCAGGAUCCACACUGUAAACUGAAGACACUGAGGUGUUUCAGUCCUUCAGCAGAUGAAGCCUGUCAGUUUGUGUCUGGAAUUGUGGGUAAAAACCUGUUACUCCUGAAAGAACUGAAUCUAAAUGAUCAUCAACUAGGAGACACACGAGUGAAUCAACUCUCUGCUCUACUGCAGGAUAAACACUGUCAGAUCAACACACUCAUGCUCCGUAACUGUGCUCUAAGAGAAGAAAGCUGUUCAGCUCUGGCUUCAGUUCUCAGAUCAGAAUCUAGCAGUCUGAAGGAUCUUGACCUGAGCAAUAAUAAUCUGCAGGAUUCAGGAGUGAAGCGGCUCUCUGAUGGACUGAAGGACAGUAAACUGGAGAAACUCAGUCUUUCAGACUGCAGUAUCAGUGAAGAAGGUUGUAAAGCUCUGACUUCAGCUCUGAGAUCAAACCCUUCACACCUGAUAGAGCUGAAUCUCGGAGGAAAUGAUCCUGGACAAUCAGGAGUGAAGGAGCUCACUAAUUUACUGCAGGAUCCACACUGUACACUGAAGACACUGAGGUUUUUGAGUUCUGCUGCUGAUGAAAUCUGUCAGCAUGUAGCUGAAAUUGUGGGUAAAAACCCGUUACUCCUGACAGAACUGAAUCUGAGUAAUCAUAAACUAGGAGACACACGAGUGAAUCAACUCUCUGCUCUACUGCAGGACAAACACUGUAAAUUUAACACACUCAUUCUGCGUUGUUGCAGUAUUACAGAGCAGCAGUGUGAGAUCCUGACUUCAGCUCUGAAAUCAAACCCAUCACACCUGAGAGAACUGGACCUCAGUCAGAAUAAACUUGAAUCUGGAGUGAAAAACCUCAGUGAUUUACUGAAGAACCAUCAAUGCAAGCUGGAGAAACUAAAUCUUUGUAAAUGCAGUAUUACAAAGGAACAGUGUGAGAUCCUGACUUCAGCUCUGAAAUCAAACCCAUCAUACCUGAGAGAACUGGACCUCAGUGAGAAUCAAAUAAGAAACACAGGACUGAAUCUCUUAUGUGAUGUACUGAAGGAUUCACACUGUAGACUGCAGACACUGAGGUUAAGCAGUUGUGAAAUGACAGAUGAAGCUUGUUCUGCUGUGACUUCAGCUCUGAAAUCAAACCCAUCACACCUGAGAGAACUGAACCUGAGCUAUAAUAAACUAGGAGACUCUGGAGUGAAAAACCUCAGUUAUUUACUGAUGAAGCCACAAUUCAAGCUGGAGAAACUACAUCUGUGUAACUGCAGUAUUACAGAGGAACAGUGUGUGAUCCUGACUUCAGCUCUGAAAUCAAACCCAUCACACCUGAGAGAACUGAACCUCAGCUGUAAUGAACUAGCAGACUCUGGAGUGAAAAACCUCAGUGAUUUACUGAUGAAGCCACAAUUCAGGCUGGAGAAACUACAUCUGUAUAAAUGCAGCAUUACAGAGAAACAGUGUAAGAUCCUGACUUCAGCUCUGAAAUCAAACCCAUCACACCUGAGAGAACUGAACCUCAGUGAGAAUCAAAUAAGAAACACUGGAGUGAAUCUCUUAUGUGACGUACUGAAGGAUUCACACUGUAAACUGAAGACACUGAGACUAUUGUGCUGUGGCAUCUCAGAUGUUUCUUCUUUAACUCAGUGUUUGAAGAACACAAAAGCUCUGCAGUUUCUAAAAGAGGUUAACCUGAGCUACAACUCCAUUGAAGCCUCAAAGCAGCAGCUCAUUGAUGUGAUACGAAACUCAAGCUGUGAACUGAGAAUAGAGGAUCAGUAGCAGAACCCUGAUGAAGUUACGUCUCAGAACUUUACUACCAUGUCACAGCUUCACCUGAAUGAUGUGACGGCAGCCACAAGACAGAAGAAGCACCAAUGCUUCACCACACACCAGCUGCAGGUGGAGAGAAGAGAAUAAGCAUUUACUCCUGCUGUUGGACUUAAAUGCAGCCUUUCAUACGGUUGUUCAUGACAUUCUUAUUUCCUGACUUAAAUGCCCUCUGUCAUGCAAAAUCCACUUUUAAAAGCUAUUUGGAAAAAAUUGUGUGUAGGUAUAGUGUGUCCACUGUCAUAUUGGAGUGAUACAAACACAAGUCUCUGUAUUGAAAAUUUCCUAGCAUUAAAGUGUGAUUUUUCCACGUCUACCGGUAUUAACUGACAGCAGCAUAUUAACAGGUCUCAAAUAAUCAUGCAUAUAGUCAUGUUCACGAGGCAGGAUUUGCAGGGAAACUGGUAUUAAAAGAUCUGUUACCAGGCUGUGACCGAAACCGCCUACUACUCAGUAGGUACUGCAUUUGAAUUUAAUUGUACUACUGAGAUGUUAGAAAAGUAUGAUCUGUACGGUAUGAAUGUAAAUCAUGAUUAAUCGACAACCAUCGUUGCUUCACUGCCAUUCAUGAAUUCUCUCGUGGUGCAUCAGGGAUAGCGUAGCAUGCAUUGGUUGUGCACUUCAGAAUUUUGCCGGUAGUAGGUCACCUGGGUACUUCUAGCAUACUGUUUUUUCGAAUACUAUGAAUUCUACUUGGCUCGCAUACUGUUUUUUUAGCAUAUUAUGUAGUAUAGCAGUAAGUGCUACACUUUGUAUAUUUUACCCGUUUGCUGCAAAUAGAUUAAACAUGCCAAUGUUGUAACAGC